AUGGCUUCUAAUACAGAAUCAUCAUCAAAUCCAGCAAGAUCUAGAGGAACUUCAUCUCAAAAUUAUUAUGAUAUACUUGGAAUAACCCCACAAGCAACUGAUGAAGAAAUAAAACGUGCUUAUAGAAAAGCAGCUUUACGUUUACAUCCAGAUAAAAAUCCUGAUCCAGAGGCAGCUACUCAAUUCCAAACAGUUGAUAAAGCAUAUAAAGUUCUUAUUGAUCCAAAAUUAAGAUCAACUUAUGAUCAAUUAGGAGCACGUGCUGCUGAUGCAAUGCGUCGAAUGAAUGAUGAAUAUUCCGAAACAUUAGCUCGAAUGCCAAGAUGGAAAAAAAUUCUGUUUGGAUUUUUAUGUAUUAGUACAUGUUGUUGUUUUGGUGGUUGUUGUUGUUGUCUCUGUGGUUGUGGUUGUUGUUGUAAUUUUUGUUGCAAUCAUUGUUGUGGUAAAUAUAAACGUGAUGAAGAUAUAUUUUCACCAUUUCAAGAAGAUGAAGAUGUUCCUGGUAUUCAUACUCAAGGAAAUAAUAAUGAAACAUCACCAACAAUUAUAUUAACUAGCCCACAAGAAACUGAUCCAGUACUUGGUUCAACUAAUGAACAUAUAUCUAUACCAAUAGCUCCUUCAUAUGAAUCGACAUCACUAACUAAUCAAUAG